AUAAUUAUUGUUCCAAAUAGAGCACAGAACACACAUAAAGCAAGUACCUAUCAGAAGAAGAAGCACUGAAGAAAGAAGAGCUCAGGAACAAUGGCCCACCUGACACUAAUAGCCAGAGCCAGUGAUGGACUACCUCUGUCCGCAUCCAUUGUCAAUGAAGAGUCUGGCCGGGAUUAUGCUGAAUACCAACCCAAAGCCAAGCAGAUAUUCCGCAAGCUGUCGUCAGUCAGCCCCCCUCGAUGCUCAAUCGAGUGUGACCCGGGUCGUAUGGUGUUCCACUACAUCCUUGAGGAGGGGAUAUGCUACCUCCCCCUGUGUGACCCCACCUAUCCUGCCAAGCUGGCCUUUAACUACCUCGAGAAUUCACACAAAGACUUCAGUGAGCAACAUGGCAACGAUGUACACAAGGCCAGUCGACCGUACCACUUCAUUGAGUUUGAUCUCAGUGACAAAGUGGGGAACCUAGUCGACCACUCUCGUGCCAGAGGCUAAUGGCUGAUCAGCUAAUGCAGCAUGUGAGCAUCUCCUGGCUACUGUGGAUUGGUUUUGGACUGCUAGUUCAUGCUCUUGUCUAUUGGAGACAAUAUCUGCCAAGUUUCACCAGAGAUGUGUACAAGUAUGGUAAGCUGAGGAGUGAGAGUGGCUGGAGCUGGAUGAACCCUAGUGUGCCCAAGACUCAAGGAGGUGGUUCACCCACUUCUACGUGUGGGGGUGGUGUGGAACUACUCUGUAUUCCUCUACUAUACCAGCCACUGUCUACUGCACACACGACUACCGCUAUUGGGACCAACAGCACUGCUGCAUUUGAAUUCAGGUAUAGUCAUACCGUAUAGCGGGUAUUUUUCGGGGGACAAAAUAUUUGUUGUUCAGCAAUAUUGAGACAUUUCGUGGGUAAUAUUUUCGUGGUUGGAGCAGGUAACGGUAGGCAAAGUCGCUUCAUUCGUGGUUAGAGGUCCAACCACGAACACCACAAAUAUUUUGCCCCACGAAAAUUCCCCACCUCUGUACGGUAUUCAGUCUAGUAAUUGUACAUACCUUGAUUAAGUAUUAAUUGUAAGUGUACUACCAAGGGCGUAUAAAAGAAGAGAGGGCAUGCAACUCCACUAUCAGUACACGUAGCUAGCAGAGUUCAAACGUGGGCGGAGGAAUGUGUGCAUUUGCAUGAAGUGCUAAAAAUAGAAAUUUCUAUUUUUAGCAUUUCAUGCACUGUCAUGCACAUUCAUCCGCCCACGUUUGAACUCUGCUCAUAUAGGAGUUGCAUGCCCUCUCUUCUUUUAUACGCCCUUGGUACUACUGUGUAAUUGUUGACUUGUGUGUGGGUUGUUAUAAUUCUUGUUUA